AUGGCAAGGAUCCUGGAGGGCCAAGAAGGGGUCGCCAACAUGAUAGAUGACAUUCUGGUUUUUGGACGCACCCGCCAGGAGCAUGACGCCAGACUGAGCCAGGUGCUAUCUCGCCUUGCAAAAGCAGGCAUCAUAUUGAACGAGGACAAGUGUCGCUUUGGGGUAUCUGAGGUCUCCUUCCUUGGUGUUGUCGUCUCAGCUAAGGGUAUCAGGCCGGAUCCAAGCAAGGCUGAAGCGGUCAAAGCUAUGGAAGCUCCCACAGACGUCGCCGGUGUUAGAAGACUGCUUGGAAUGGUGAAUAAUCUCGCCAGAUUCCUGCCACACAUCUCGGACGUCACAGCACCCAUCAGAGCCUUGCUGAACAAGUCUGCGAGUUGGGUGUGGCAGCAUGAGCAAGAGGCAGCAUUCAAGAAGGUCAAAGAACUCUUGACAUCAGACAGGUGCAUGGCCAAGUACCACCCGUCGUUCGACGAGUUUGUCUGUGGCAUCACCUUCGACGUCGAGACAGACCACCUGCCUCUCGUCUCACUUCUGGGCAAGAUGGAACUGGACAUGUUGCCGCCUCGUAUUCAGAGACUACGGCUCAAGACAAUGCAGUACCAGUUUCGCAUGCUGCACGUGCCAGGAAAACUGUUAGCAACAGCAGAUACCUUAUCACGUAUCACCCACAAGGCAUCCACUCCUGUAGACACGGUGGAACUCUUCGCAGCACAAGUAGUCGGCUGCAUGUCGGAAGUCUUGCCACUCCGCCCUGAAGAUGUACGACAGGCACAAGAAUCCGAUGCAGAGUGCAAGGCCCUCAUCUCCUUCUGCCAGCAAGGUUGGCCACGAAAGACCAAGCUACCUCUGCAUGUGUCGAAGUAUGCCUCCGUGGCAGACGAGCUCUCUGUCUGCGAUGGUAUCCUGCUGAAAGGCCCCCGGAUCGUCAUCCCAUCAUCUCUUCGGCCGGCGGUCUUGACGCUGUUGCACGAAGGCCAUCAGGGCAUCAACAGGACCAAAGCCCUAGCUCGGGAGUCUGUUUGGUGGCCAGGUAUCUCAGCAGACAUCGCCUCUCUCGUCACCAACUGCGAACAGUGCACUUCCACCCGGGUGAGCCUUGCAGAACCCCUAGUCUCCACAGCUCUACCUGGACGUCCCUGGGAAUUUCUCGGAAUGGACUUGUUCCAUCUCAAUGGCCAGACGUUCCUCCUGGUGGUGGACUACUACUCGAGGUUUCCCGAGGUGGUGACCCUGAGAAGCACUACAGCUCGGGCAGUCAUCGAUGCUCUCAAAAGCAUCUUCGCACGCCACGGAAUCCCACAAGACGUCAGGUCGGACAACGGCCCACCAUUCUCGUCGCAAGAGUUUGCGGCAUUUGCAGCGUCUUAUGGCUUCAACCAUGCGACCAGUAGCCCACACUACGCCCAGUCAAACGGAGAGGCAGAGAGGCUGGUACGGACAGUCAAGGACCUGUUCCGCAAGUCCAAAGACCCUCACCUCGCUCUGCUCAGUUAUCUGGACACUCCGGGAGUCGAUGGCUUCAGUCCAGCCCAGCUGUUGAUGGGACGUCAGCUGAGAACCAGAGUCCUGAAGCAAAACUCCCAGCUAUGUCCCAACUGGCCGCCUAAGAAAGAUGUCGUCGCCAAGGAUGUAGCCUACAAGCGCAAGCAGACAGACGACUACAAUAGGCAUCACGGAGCUCGAGACCUGCCACCUCUCCAAACGGGUCAGCGUGUGUGGGUGCGCCCUGAUCAAGUGCAAGCUACGGUCCUCAGCCCGGGGCAAAGGCCAAGAAGCUACGUGGUUGAAACAGACCGAGGUGUUCUACAGCGCAACCGACGUCACCUAGUGCCUUUCGUGCCUUCCGCCUCCGGUGAGGAAUCGCUGCCAACAGCUGCACAGCAACCAUCGCCACCGCAGCAAGUUCUUCAGGAACCUCAGCCUGCCAACAGCGUGGGACCUGCGAUCCCCCAAGGGCAGCCUUUGCAACAUUCCCCAGCAGCCAGGGACAGUAGUGAUGGUGUUACACGAACCCGUUACGGCCAGCGCGUUGUUCCACCGCGCCGUUUGAACUUGUGA